GCCCACUCCACUUUCGGUGUAAACAAACACACACUGGGCAUGCGUACGACACUGAAUAAUGGAGGACUAUCUUUUUUACCCAGACUGAUUUUUUAUAUUUACAUGAUACUAGCUUUAACUAGAAACCAAUACUAUUCAUGCUCGUAUAUAUAGAGUUUCCUCCUUGUGCAUGCUAAAGUCACCCAAGAUGACCACGGACCCAGCUCAGACAGAUGGCAGCGGGAUAAUGACCUUUAGCCCCUCGAAGGAGGAAUUUAAAUACUUUAGUCGGUACAUUGCCUAUAUGGAGUCUCAAGGGGCACACAAAGCUGGCAUGGCAAGAGUUAUCCCACCGAAAGAUUGGAAGCCAAGGCGGAGUUAUGAUGACAUCGAUGAUUUGGUGAUCCCUGCCCCCAUUCAGCAGGUUGUGACAGGACAGUCGGGUCUCUUCACACAGUACAACAUCCAGAAAAAGCCCAUGACGGUCCGAGAGUUUCGCAAAACUUCCAAUCUAGACAAGUUUUGUAAUCCUCGGUAUGUUGACUUUGAGGAACUGGAGAGGAAGUUCUGGAAGAAUCUGACUUUUAAUCCCCCACUCUAUGGAGCUGAUGUAUCUGGGACACUGUACGACCUUGAUGUAAGUGAGUGGAACAUUGGCCAUUUGAACACAAUCCUAGACACGGUCGAACAUGAGAGUGGUAUCAAGAUCAAGGGAGUCAAUACACCAUACCUAUACUUUGGGAUGUGGAAGAGUACAUUUGCCUGGCACACAGAGGACAUGGAUCUCUACAGCAUAAACUAUCUCCAUUUUGGAGAGCCCAAAUCUUGGUAUGUUGUCCCUCCAGAACAUGGCAAACGUCUAGAGCGGCUUGCAAAGGGAUUCUUUCCAGGAAGUGCUCAGAGCUGCGAAGCUUUUUUGCGACACAAAAUGACCCUUAUCUCACCAUCAAUCCUGAAAAAGUAUGGCAUACCUUUUGAGAAGGUUACGCAAGAGGCUGGGCAGUUUAUCGUGACCUUUCCGUUUGCUUAUCACGCUGGUUUCAAUCAUGGGUUCAACUGUGCAGAGUCAACCAACUUUGCCACGCAGCGGUGGAUUGAUUACGGCAAACAAGCAACCCUGUGCUCCUGUAGUCAAGACAUGGUGAAGAUAUCAAUGGAUGUCUUCGUGCGCAAGUAUCAACCGGAGCGCUACGCGCAGUGGUUGGCCGGAAAGGACAACGCGCCGAUCGAUCACUCCAAACCAACACCCGAAGCAGCAGAGUUCAUCCCGGGACAUGAGACCCUCCAGCUGCUAGACCCCAACGCGAGUGACCUUCAAGAAGCUACAAGCACCAUCCAAGAGGACAAAAGUGCCAAGCAGGGGACAAAGCGUUUCUAUGUGGACUUGGUAGUGGCUGAGGAUGGCAGCUCGCCACCGAUGGAAGACGACAAGAGAGAGGAUGAGGUUGCCGCGGUCAAAGCAUACAAGGAGGAGGAACCAGAUAAAGACAUCCAGGGCCCCAAGGACAAAGGCGUCAAAUCCAAGCCCAAAGCCCAGUCUAAAGCCCAUGCCAAAAAAUCAGCCAGAAGAGGAAGUCCUGGGAAAAACUACAGCAACAACGGCACCCUAGACACGGACGAAUCCCCAGAAAACCACCAUGAGGCCGGUGAGCUCACCCUGGCCCUGAAGUCUGAGACGCUGGACGAGGAGCCCAAGCUAGCAGGCAGCUCCAGCCCGGCUCCCAGGCUCUUUCAGAUGGCCCUGAGUCCAGCCGAUGUCCUCCAUGUCCACAGCUACGCCAAGGGGGACUACGGGGAUGACGAGGUCCAGGUCAGGGAGAAGGAGGAAGGCAUGAACUACAGCACAGACACAGAGACGGAUGCACAGGAUAAAGGGGAUGCAGAUGAGAUGGCAACAGAUGAAGAGUAUGAAAGCCACCUUGGAAAGCUGCCAAGACACCAUCCACUGAUCAAAGAUGGCAUCAGUGAUGAGGAGGUGGCCGAGGACAUGCCUCUAGAGGACGAAAGCCACGAUGUGGGGGAGAGCUGGACCAAACCCUUGGCUCAGCUGUGGCAGAACAGACCUCCCAACAUGAAGAAGGAGAGGGAGUACAACCGCCGCAUGGGCCUGCAGCCCCCCUACUGCUCCGUCUGUACACUGUUCAGGACCUACCAGCGGACGGAGUGUGCCAGCGGCGGAGAGAGCCCCGUCAUGGCGUCCGGCAGCCGCAUGCGCACCAAGCCGCUGAUCCCCGAGGCAUGCUUCACCACCAUCACCGAGGAGGACGCCGAGUCGGAGGAGCAGACACCCACGCCCCAUCUCCACGACGACGGGACCAGCCUGCUCAUCAGCUGCUCCCAGUGCAGCGUCCGCGUUCACACAAGUUGCUACGGCGUAGAUCCAGCCAAUGUGAGCAAGGACUGGAAGUGUGCACGCUGCAGGGCCAAUGCCAUGACUGAGAACUGCUGUUUGUGCUCUUUAAGGGGCGGGGCCCUCCAGAAAGCCAACAACAACAAGUGGGUACACGUGUUGUGUGCAGUG